AGCUAAAUGUUGCUGACUCAACAGGAGACAUGAGGGGACGACCACAUCUUCAUUGAGUCGGCUCCUUCUGACUGUUGUUAAACAGAAUGCCCUCUGAGGACCGACACCUCUCCUCCAGUUGUGGUUCCUACGUCAAAACCGAGCCUUCCAGUCCCUCCUCCUCUCUCCUAGACAACGGCAGCCACCACAGUCCAAGCGGCAACUCCGACGCUAGCGGAGGCUACAUUAACGGCAGCAGACACCCACACGCCCUGGACUCCCCGCCAAUGUUCAACCCGAGCAUGCUGGGAGGCGGCGCUGCCUGCCUACGCCGCUACGAGGACUGCUCUGGAGGCGUGGCAGACGACUCGCCGAUCAAGUGCGAGUACAUGCUCAAUGCCAUCCCCAAGAGGGUCUGCCUGGUGUGUGGAGACAUCGCCUCAGGGUACCACUAUGGGGUGGCCUCGUGUGAGGCCUGCAAAGCCUUCUUCAAAAGAACAAUACAAGGGAAUAUUGAGUACAGCUGUCCGGCCACCAAUGAAUGUGAGAUCACCAAACGGAGACGUAAAUCGUGCCAGGCGUGUCGCUUCAUGAAAUGUCUCAAAGUCGGCAUGUUGAAAGAAGGUGUACGUCUGGACCGGGUGAGAGGGGGCCGUCAGAAGUACAAACGGAGGUUGGAUGCAGAGAACGGCGGUUACCUCGGCCUCUCCAUCCCGCCUCCUGCGAAAAAGCCUUUGACAAAGAUCGUCUCCCAUCUGUUGGUGGUGGAGCCAGAGAAGAUCUACGCCAUGCCUGACCCCAGCAUGCCCGACGGAGACAUCAAGGCCCUGACCACACUGUGUGACCUGGCCGACCGCGAGCUGGUGGUCAUCAUCGGCUGGGCAAAACAUAUCCCAG